AUGUUUCUCCGAGCUGGCCUGGCUGCGCUGUCUACACUUUCUCCCACCCUCAGGCUUGCUUCUGCUCCGAUCGCCGCCAUGAGCACUGGCACCUUCGUCGUGUCGCAGCCGCUCAAUUACCGCGGCGGGGCCCGCGUGGAGCCUGUGGACGCCUCCGGCACCGAGAAGGCUUUCGAGCCUGCAACCGGUAGAGUGAUAGCUACUUUCACAUGUUCAGGAGAAAAGGAAGUAAAUUUGGCUGUUCAAGAUGCAAAGGCUGCCUUUAAAAUAUGGAGUAAAAAAUCUGGCAUGGAGCGUUGCCGAAUCCUUUUGGAGGCUGCCAGGAUAAUAAGGGAACGACGGGAUGACAUUGCCACUGUGGAGACGAUCAACAAUGGGAAGUCCAUCUUUGAGGCCCGCUGGGACAUUGACACUUCCUGGCAGUGCUUGGAGUACUAUGCAGGCUUGGCGGGGUCCAUGGCCGGCGAGCACAUCCAGCUCCCCGGUGGGUCCUUUGGCUACACCAGAAGGGAACCACUAGGGGUGUGUGUUGGAAUAGGAGCGUGGAACUACCCCUUUCAGAUCGCCUGCUGGAAGUCGGCUCCGGCUCUGGCUUGUGGUAACGCCAUGGUCUUUAAGCCUUCCCCCUUCACGCCCGUGUCGGUGUUGCUGCUGGCUGAGAUCUAUACUGAGGCUGGAGUCCCUCCUGGGCUGUUCAGCGUGGUGCAAGGAGGGGCUGCUACAGGCCAGCUUCUGUGUCAGCAUCGUGAUGUGGCCAAGGUCUCCUUCACUGGAAGUGUGCCCACCGGCUCAAAGAUCAUGGAGAUGUCUGCUAAAGGAAUCAAACCGGUUACCCUGGAGCUUGGAGGCAAGUCUCCGCUCAUCAUUUUCUCGGAUUGUGACCUGAAGAACGCUGCAAAAGGGGCGCUGAUGGCCAACUUCCUCACUCAAGGCGAGGUUUGUUGUAAUGGUACAAGGGUAUUUGUGCAAAAGGACAUUCUUGACCAAUUUACAGAGGAAGUGGUGAAACAGACCCAAAGGAUAAAAAUUGGAGAUCCACUUCUGGAAGACACAAGGAUGGGUCCCCUCAUCAACCGGCCACACCUGGAGCGAGUCCUCGGGUUUGUGAAGGUGGCGAAGGAGCAGGGUGCUAAAGUGUUAUGUGGUGGAGACGUCUUUGUACCUGAAGAUCCCAAAUUAAAGGAUGGAUAUUACAUGAGACCUUGUGUGUUAACUAAUUGCCGAGAUGACAUGACCUGUGUGAAGGAAGAAAUCUUUGGACCAGUUAUGUCCAUUUUAUCAUUUGACACUGAAGCUGAGGUUCUGGAAAGAGCCAAUGACACCACUUUUGGACUCGCUGCUGGUGUCUUCACCAGGGACAUCCAGCGCGCCCACAGGGUGGUGGCUGAGCUGCAGGCUGGAAUGUGCUUCAUUAACAACUAUAACGUCAGUCCAGUGGAGUUGCCCUUUGGUGGAUAUAAGAAGUCAGGAUUUGGCAGAGAGAAUGGCCGGGUGACAAUUGAAUACUAUUCACAGCUGAAGACUGUGUGUGUGGAGAUGGGCGACGUGGAGUCCGCUUUUUGA